AUCAAAUAUUGCAAAGCCCCGGCAUCUAUUAUCAGUCAGAAUUGGACCAUAACGGAAUUUCGGUCUAUACCGGUACGAUAAUAUCAGAUUGGGGGGGGAGGGUAGAAUUAGAGAUUGAUAGAAAAGCAAGGAUAUGGGCUCGUGUGAGUAGGAAACAGAAAAUAUCUAUUCUAGUUCUAUUAGCAGCUAUGGGUUUGAAUCUAAGAGAAAUUCUAGAGAAUGUGUACUACCCCGAAAUUUUCUUGUCUUUGUUCCCCUCCUCUCCUUCUUGUUCUAAUUCAAAUGCGAGCAACUUCGCACCUUCUCCCUACGGUCGAACAUAUUCCCCUCCUCUCCUUUCAGUCGAGCAACUUCGCACCUUCUCCCUACGGUCGAACAUAUGAUAAACCUUCGGGCUCACAUAUUCCCCUCCUCUCCUUUCAGUCGAGCAACUUCGUUCCUUCGCCCUUCGGGCUCACUACUUCGUUCCUCUUUUCUAAUUCAAAUGCGAGCUCGUUCCUCUCACAAAGUUCGAGUAUAUUGCAUAACCUCUCCCAGGACCGGAAUGAUUAUCCCUGCCCGAUGGGUCUACAUCCAUCCCUGAAUGUCGUCGGGUACUGUUUACUUCCCCGCCAUUCUUGUAACCGUCACCUGUAAUCCGCGCAGGUGUGUCCGCACCCCCCUGAGUGGACGAGAAAGAAAGGAUUUUUCAGAGCAACCAACCCCCAGGAGUCAACUCGUUUUCUUUUUCUAGGGGCUAAUAAAAUCAUUUAUUUUGGCUUUUUGACCCCAUAUUGUAGGGUGGAUCUCGAAAGAUAUGAAAGACCUCUUGCACGCUCCUGUCACGUCGAGGUACUGCAGAAGAAAAAACUGCAAAAUCCGAUCCAAUUUAUCGUAAUCGAUUAGUUAACAUGCUGGUUAACCGUAUUCUGAAACACGGAAAAAAAUCAUUGGCUUAUCAAAUUAUCUAUCGGGCCGUGAAAAAGAUUCAACAAAAGACAGAAACAAAUCCACGAUCUGUUUUACGUCAAGCAAUACGUGGAGUAACUCCCGAUAUAGCAGUAAAAGCAAGACGUGUAGGCGGAUCGACUCAUCAAGUUCCGAUUGAAAUAGGAUCCACACAAGGAAAAGCACUUGCCAUUCGUUGGUUAUUAGGGGCCUCCCAUUUUUGGUUUCGAAAAAAAAAAGCUGAAUCGAUAACCUAGGCAUAAAGUAAAUUCUUUGGAGUUGAAAAAAAAAACAACUUUACUGACAAUUGCUUGUUUGGUCAGAAGAGUCCUCUAAAUAUUUGGUCUUACAUUAGUGAUUUGGGUCCAUUUUUCUAUAUAUAUACUUCAUUUUAGAUUGGAUUUUUUUAUUAUUACUAUAUUUUCAAAUACUAAUUCGAACUAGAGAAAAGAGGAUAGGCUCAUUCCAGUCAAAAAAAUAUGGGAAUUUCUCAUAAGUAAUUCAAAAAAUUGAGCGUGAGAGCCAAAUGAAUCGAAAGAUUCAUGUUUGGUUUGGGAAGGGGUCAUGGAAGUUUUGUAAUAAAUGGAAAAAUAAUCUACUUUCAUUAAGUGAUUUAUUAGAUAAUCGAAAACAGAGGAUUUUGAAUACUAUUCGUAAUUCGGAAGAAUUACAGGGGGGGGCAAUCGAGCAGCUGGAAAAAGCCCGGGCCCGCUUACGAAAAGUGGAAAUGGAGGCAGAUCAGUUUCGAGCAAAUGGAUACUCUGAGAUAGAACGAGAAAAAGCAACAUAUAAUCAGUAUAUGUUAAUCAUGGGCUGCUUCUAGGAUAUGGAGAAUAACCAAUUUUGCUAUCUUCUGGUGCUGGGAGCUUAAAUAUCAUUUUGUCUUUUAUCUCUAGGAGGAAGGUGAAUAUCGCUUAGGCUCAUUGUUUGUUUGGAUAUUAUCCAAUGUCUUAGUUGGCCAUCUCAGUAGCCCGGUGAAAGUAAUCAAAUUUUAUUUUCUUGAUAGCAGGCAAAAAUGAGCGAAAGAAGGGGCAAGGAAAAAUCGAGGGUUCUCGGACGCAACGUUACAGUAUCUGAGCGGAAAAAACGUCAGGAGGAGUCAGAUAAACUUCGUGAGGAGGAGCGUCAGGAGAAGAUUUCGCGUCGUCAAGCUGCAGUGGUUCCUCCCCCUCAUAGCCAUGUUUCCCAGCCGCUACCAGGCAUCAACACAUAUGAUGACAUGGUGGAGGAUGACGAUAGCAGUGAUGAUGAGUGUGAUGUGGAGGGUGAUGAUGAGUUGUCUUUUCAUGAGUUGCUUUUCGACGGUCAUCCUGGAGGUUCGAGUGAUCAUGUGUCUACUGGCUCGACCCAUGGCAGUACUGUUGUUGGGCCGCUACGCGGCAAGGAUGGGCGUUUUGCUUCGUCCUCUGAUGGGAGCAAGCCUUCACGGAAGAAACCGAGGGAUGAGACGUGGCUGCUUACAGAAGAAGCUCCAGGAGGCCCUAGGGAUAUCAGUUUGAUCCCUAGUUUCGGUGGUCACAUAGCUCAUCGCUUGUGGACAUCGAGUUUGGAUUCUCGGAAGAUGACUGUUUUCCAGUUCUACGCUCGACAGGGUGGAGUGGAUCGACUGAGGACGUACGAGUUUGGGACCCCAGGUGCACAGGCCUUGGUUACAACAUCAGGUUUGGACCACUUGAGUAGAUGCAUGAUGCAUAAUGUGGAUUAUCCACUUUUGGAGGCGUUCAUUGAGAGGUGGCAGCCGGAUACUAACACAUUUCACAUGCCGUUUGGGGAGAUGACGAUCACUCUGCACGAUGUUGCGUUCCUCCUCAAGAUUCAAGUGGAUGGUGAGCUACUUGCUGCACCGGCUAGGGGUGAUCCGUCGUUCGUGAGUGGGAUUGUUGAUCUUCUUAAGUAGUCCAUUAACUUGUUUUUUGAACCCCAAUGACUAUUUUGCAACUCUAGCCAACGACGUUGGAACCCUGCCUCAGUAUUAGCUCGCAAGACUCUCUCCCAUAGACUUCCUACAAAUAACUCAGCAGAAUCACGACCAAUCCCCAACUGCAUCAUUUUGGCUUCAAUGUUCUUUUUCAUGUGCCACACACAUAGUAAAUGAGCUGAAGAUGGAAAGAUUUGUUGCAAAGAGACACCCAAUCCUCCCGCCUUGUAUGUGACGAACGCAACCGGGGUUCGAUCACCAAGCACAAUCUUCAAUUGCAUCAAAACCCAAGCAUAUGUCUCCUUCGUCUCAUCUGAAAUCAAUGCGAACCCAAUGUUGAAGUUCUUCUUCACCGGACUAACACCAAUCAACUGAACCAGUGGCUGCUUAUACUUGUUAGUCUUGUACGUCGAGUCUAUCAAAACAACAAAAUACCAUGCCAACAAUAUCCGAGUCGACUCAGGAUGACAUAGGAAGAGUCUAGUAACACGACGUUGAUCAUCAAAUUCACACUCAAUAAAGUAGCCAAGACGUUGAGCUUCUAUCAAUGUCCACCGCAUAGGUUUCAACCCACCCAAUCUCUCACGCCUAAUUUUUGCUGUCUCAUUAUAAAUCUGAGUCAUGUUGUGAUGAGCAUCGUACUUCAUAUUGAGCAAACUUCUGAUAUCUUUCGCCUGGGUAUGUGUUGCCUCCAACUCCUUAAUAUUCAUUUUUUCCACCUGCGAAAGAGCAUUCUUUUGCCUGCUUCCCUCAGAGUAAACCUCCAAUCUGUAACUGUGAAAUCCCCUCGACUUAAUCCCAUGAAUUCUCCACUUACACUUGCCAUCUAUUUUUACGGAUUGCACCACCACUCGGAAACGACAACCUAACUUGCCUGUUGUAGAUUUGCUCCGUGUUGUCUUUGCGGGAUCAGACGUAUAUGAGUUGCUCCUACUACCAUGGUUGCAAUCCAUAUAGAUCCGCGGAUUGUCUUCUCCAACGUUUCUCUUGACUGAUGCCACUAUCAAGGAAAAGCUAUUACUCAUGGCAAUCUCCUUUGCCGCUUUACAAGCUUGAUCAUGGGUAUCAUAAACAUCACUUAGAAACAAUGAUGUGUAAUCAACAUAUUCACCCUCAUUAACUCCGGAUCCACCCUACAAGAAAUACAAGGUAAAAAC